GGUGUACAAGAACAGUGAGGAGCUGAGGACAAGGAUUGCCUCGGGCAUCAUUGCUUCCCUCGGGGCGCCCACAGACAAGGCCAAAAAGGAGCUGGAGGCUGAGAAGAAGGAUCCUGACGUGCAGCGGGACUCUGACCCGCUCAGGGUCCCUCCCCGGCACCCGGCAGGGACGAGAGCACCCUCCUGGCCUCCCCCCUCGAGCCCCUUCGCUGUUGGUGGGGAAGACUUGGACCCGUUUGGAGGUCGCAGUGGGGGCAUGCUGGUGGAUCCUCUGCGCUCUGGCUUCAGGCAGCCUGGUGCUGACCCCUCCUCGGGCAUCCCGGGGCGCCUGCCCCCGGGGGCGGUUCCACCAGGCGCCAGGUUCGACCCCUUCGGCCCCCUGGGAGCCGGGAGAUCCGGGCCAGAUCCCGACCACCUUCCCCCUCCGGGCUACGACGACAUGUUCAUGUGA